AAAAAAAGCUAAACAAAAAGACUUUUAUUUUGGCGCGGCGUGUGAUGUCAUAAGGCUGCGUCGCUCCUGCACUGUGAUACGACUGGAAAGAGGGAAAAGUGUCCAAACACGGAGAAAAACUCCUGCUGAAGCGACUGAUCUCCACACUGUUAUAAAGAUGGCGUUUAUUAAAGAGGAGAGUGAAGAUGUGAAGAUUGAAGAAACAUUCACAGUCAAACAGGAAGAUCUGCAGGAACAAGCAGACCUAAUUAAAGAGAACGAGGAGAGUAAAGAAGAGGAACAUCAGGUUAAAAUUGAGGAUGAAACUCAUUUACAGACUAAUGGUAUUUUGAUAAGAAGAGACGAGAACUGUUUCUCCUGCACUCAGUAUGGAAAGAGUUUUGCAAGCAAAAGCAAACUUAAGAUUCACAUGAACAACCACACUAGAGAUAAACCAUUCACAUGCACUCAGUGUGGGAAGAGUUUCAGCCAAUCAUCAAGCCUUAAUCGACACAUGAGGAUCCACACUGGAGAGAAACCAUUCACAUGCACUCAGUGUGGGAAAAGCUUUAGCCAAUCAUCACACCUUAAUCAACACAUGAUGAUCCACACUGGAGAAAAACCAUUCACCUGCUCUCAGUGUGGGAAGAGUUUUAAGCGCUUAUCAUACCUCAUUGAACACACGAGGAUCCACACUGGAGAGAAACCAUUCACAUGUUCUCAGUGUGGGAAGAGUUAUUACUGCUCAUCACACCUUAUUCAACACAUAAGGAUCCACACUGGAGAGAAACCAUUCACAUGCACACAAUGUGGGAAGAGUUUCAGCCGAUCAUCAUCCUUUAAUCAACACAUGAGGAUCCACACUGGAGAGAAACCAUUUACUUGCACUCAGUGUAGAAAGACUUUUAACUGCUCAACACACCUUAUUCAACAUAUGAGGAUCCACACUGGAGAGAAACCAUUCACAUGCACUCAGUGUGGGAAGAGUUUUAACCGCUUGUCACACCUUAAUCAACACUUGAGGAUCCACACUGGACAGAAACCAUUCACAUGCAUACAGUGUGGGAAGAGUUUCAGCCAAUCUUCAUCCCUUAAUCUACACAUGAGGAUCCACACUGGAGAGAAACCAUUCACUUGCACUCAGUGUGGGAAGAGUGUCAACCGAUCAUCAAACCUUAAUAAACACAUGAAGAUCCACACUGGUGUGAAAGAGGAUAUUUGCUUGAGUGUGGGAAGAGGUUUAAUCAGUAAACACAUCUGAAAACAAAAAAGAGGAUUCACACUGGAGAGAAACUGUACAGAUAUGAUCAGCGUCUACAGAGUUUCGCUCAUUCUGCGCAGCUUAGGAAACACAUGGACAAAAAGUUGCACACAUGACAUGAAUGCAGCAAAACAUUUUUUUUUUAUGUGCACAGGAUGUUUCAUGUCUAAAUGAUGUUUGAAAAGGCUGAGUGACAGUAUACUGUUUUCCAACACUCCUACACUGCGGUGGGGGGGUUGUAAAUGUGUUGCGUAAACCUACUGGUGGUGGCUGAGAGAAAAACAGUUUCAUAAACAUGUGGCAAACAGCACCUCUGCGGCUUAAAUCUCUUUGCAAGUGAUUGUACAGAUGCGGAUACAUCCGUACUCCACUCUCCAGUGUAUUCAUGUUGCUAGUGUUGUUUUGAAUGAAGUUCUCUGUCUGACUCCCCAAAUCUGAAACAAAUCACUGGGAAGACACCGCACAUCAAAGAGGGUGAAGAGGGGUCUGGAUGCAGACCUGGUGCAGUGCAAUCUGAGCUGCAUCCAAUGCUUUAUAAUGCACUCACCUAACCCCACCCCUAACCAUCACAGUGACGUCACUCAUUCCCUUGAGUGCAUUGUGUCUGACAUUGCAUCGCUGAGUGAUGCAUUCUCAGCUUGUAUCAUAAAGGCUGCAUCCAGAUACUAUUGAGAGGGUGCAGCUCCAGGACGGUUAGUUUGCAGUAUACCAGGGCCUCAAGUUUAGAAAGCCCAUUCAAUUGUCCUGUGUUGUUGCUUUUAUUAGUAAAGUUUCUUUACUUUUAGGUUCAAGAUUCUUUCUAGUUUACUACAUUUACUUUUUUUAAAUAGAAUACAAGUUUGAUGAAUUUUAUGAUUUAGGCAGAUCGACAGGUAUUCAGUUUUACAAUAUUAAUACACUGUGAUGAUCCCAAGUCUCCAGAUUGGAGUAUGUGGUAAAUCCUGAUUGGAUGCCUGCAUUACUCAUCAAUGGGUAUAUAAAAGUUGUUGUGCUAGCUACCUCAGGACACUGUGGCUACUCAGGAGUCCUCAUGCCAAGACCUGCCAUCUCAUUGACUCUUUACCAUUAUGGUUUUGUUUUGGUUUUUGUUAUGGUUUAAAGUGUUGUGAUUAUAUCCUAAGUUCUUUAUCUUCAUUAUUAUCCCUAGACAUUUUUUGGUUGCGUUGAUUGAUUGGUCUUACUGAAGUUACAUUUUAUAAUAAAUAAUUUGCAUUCAGGC